UCUUAUUAGAGGGGAAGCUAGUGCCUAGGGGAAAAACACAGAAUAGUUUUGGCCCCGAUUGCUUCAUUGAGCUGGUGCUUAGUGAAGUGUAGAACAAUCUUCGCUUAGUGAGCUUUGGGUUGUGCAAACCUAUUUCUUGUGUCCUUGGCCAGUGGGGGAGGAUCCACCUGCUCUCAGGUGCUGGGCUGUUUUAAGUAAGGUAUAAAGCUGCUGGGAGGGGUUCUCUACCUUUCUAAAGCAAAAGAGGUAACGGCACAAGAAGACACAGAGAAGUACUCAUCUGCCAACGAUAACAGGAUAUACCACACUGCCCGGAGUAAAAGGAUGUACCCCUCAGCAAAGAACAUGUGUUUCGUACUACUUAUCUGCAUGUCCUGUGUCUUAAAGGCAAGUGCUCAGUCACCCACAGACUCCACGUUUACCAGCUCACCAAGCAGCAAUGUAACCACAAAUACCACUGAAUCAACAGUAACACAUGUAACAAGUACUGCUGCAUCUACAACAACCAAUUCACAAAAUACCACUUUAUUUACAGAAGCCAGCUCGGCAAACACUUCUGAAUCCACAACACCAACAAAAACCACUGUAUUCACAACACCCAGUACACAGAACACCACUGCAACCACAUCAACUAAUACAUCAACCACAGUUCCAAACACCACUGAAACUAUAUCACUGAAUACCAUAUCAACAGCAACCAACUCCCCAAAUGUCACAGGAUCCACAACAACCAACUCCCCAAAUGUCACAGGAUCCACAGCAACCAUCUCACCAAAUGUCACAGGAUCCACAGCAACCAUCUCACCAAAUGUCACAGAAUCCACAGCAACCAUCUCACCAAAUGUCACAGGAUCCACAGCAACCAACUCCCCAAAUGUCACAGGAUCCACAGCAACCAACUCCCCAAAUGUCACAGGAUCCACAGCAACCAACUCCCCAAACGUCACAGGAUCCACAGCAACCAACUCCCCAAACGUCACAGGAUCCACAGCAACCAACUCCCAGAAUGUCACAGAAUCCACAGCAACCAACUCCCCGAAUGUCACAGGAUCCACAGCAACCAUCUCACCAAAUGUCACAGGAUCCACAGAAACCAACUCCCCGAAUGUCACAGAAUCCACAGCAACCAACUCCCCGAAUGUCACAGAAUCCACAGCAACCAACUCCCCGAAUGUCACAGGAUCCACAGCAACCAUCUCACCAAAUGUCACAGGAUCCACAGCAACCAACCCCCCGAAUGUCACAGGAUCCACAGCAACCAACCCCCCAAAUGUCACAGGAUCCACAGCAACCAACUCCCCGAAUGUCACAGGAUCCACAGCAACCAUCUCACCAAAUGUCACAGGAUCCACAGCAACCAACUCCCCGAAUGUCACAGGAUCCACAGCAACCAACAACCCGAAUGUCACAGGAUCCACAGCAACCAACUCCCCAAAUGUCACAGGAUCCACAGCAACCAACUCCCCAAAUUUCACAGGAUCCACAGCACACACCACAGGAUCCACAGCAACCAACUCCCCAAAUGUCACAGGAUCCACAGCAACCAUCUCACCAAAUGUCACAGGAUCCACAGCAACCAACUCCCCGAAUGUCACAGGAUCCACAGCAACCAUCUCACCAAAUGUCACAGGAUCCACAGCAACCAACUCCCCGAAUGUCACAGGAUCCACAGCAACCAACUCCCCAAAUGUCACAGGAUCCACAGCAACCAACUCCCCAAAUGUCACAGGAUCCACAGCAACCAACUCCCCAAAUGUCACAGGAUCCACAGCACACACCACAGGAUCCACAGCAACCAACUCCCCAAAUGUCACAGGAUCCACAGCAACCAUCUCACCAAAUGUCACAGGAUCCACAGCAACCAACUCCCCGAAUGUCACAGGAUCCACAGCAACCAACUCCCCGAAUGUCACAGGAUCCACAGUACACACCACAGGAUCCACAGCAACCAACUUUGCAAACACCACAGGAUCUACAUCACAGACGAAUACCACUGUAUCCACAGCAACCACAGCUCCAAGUACCAGUAUAUCCACAGCAACCAGCCAACCGAAUACCAAUGCAUCCACAGCAAAUACAACCCCCAUCGCCCCUCCAUUAUCUACUGCAGCUCCUCCAUCAGUGUAUGUGCAGAUGCGUAUUACGAACAAGGACUACACCACAUCUCUCAAUGAUGCCACGUCAGUGGCUUACAAUGACCUAGCAACCAAGGUUAAAGAAAUGUUUAAUAUAGUUUACAACUGCUCUGGAUGCAGCACUCAAAAUUCAUAUCUAGGAACAGAAAUUCUGCAGUUCCGAUCGGGAUCUGUGAUUGCAGACACGAAAGUCCAGUUCUCCAGUCAGGGGAGUGUCAACAGUGCCCAGACAAUUCUAAAUGAUAAAUUAGCAACAGCUGGCAACACUAUUAAUGGGCUCACAGUUACUGAUGUUACUGUUAGUAGUUCGCCGAUACAGUCUACCACAACAAGUACCGGUGUGCCCGGGUGGGGAAUUGCCUUGCUUGUCCUGGCGUCUGUCAUUCUUCUUCUUGCCAUUAUUUUCAUCAUUGUCAUGAUAACCACAAUGUGCCGUCGAAAGAGCAGCGGUUACAUGGAUGUAUUUUCGUCACGUGGCUCAUACCACUCCAUGAACGACUACAAUACCUAUCAAACUCACGGACGCUACGAAGCUCCCAACAAGCUAGGACAAAGUAAUGAGGCUUCAGGUAAUGGAACCAAAGGCAGGUUCUCCUACACGAACCAAGGCCUACAAACCAACGAGUUUUAAAAAGAGGAAACGGGACAAGAAGAGCACCCUUAACAGAUUGAAUUUUAAUGUGAAAGACACUAGGCUUCAUUUAUCACACAAAACAUAUAUUCCCCCUUUAAACUGUGGAUACAGACUACUUUCAAACUGAAAUGAACACAACGUUAUUUGCAGACCGAGGUAUCUUCCGGACUUUAAACAUCUACCAUCUUCUCAGACGUAUCUCAGUUUCGCAGAAUCUUUGGGGGGUUUACUUCAGCAAUUUGUGACUGUGACUUUGCACCUCAACAAAAUAAAAGGAAAAAGAUAUCCUUUGAGAAAAAGGAAAACUCAAAGAAACUCUGUAGGACAAGAAUAACCAGCCGAAACGCCAUGCAGACACUAUACUACAGGUUUAAGCCUGCCAAGAAUACACUACCCUUUCGGAAAACAGAAUACUCAUAACACCAUAUUUAAUAACAGUAUUUUGUGGAAUCCAGAAAACUAUUAUAAUAGCAUUGACUGAAAAGCAUUUGAUCUGGACUAAAUCCAUACAUUGACAGAUUUUUAUUUUGUCGAUGUUUCAUUAGCUUGAUAAGACUUGGUCUGAACUUGCUCAGGGCACUGUGACAGACAGCUGGGUACUGCCGGUCACACGCCGUAGGGCAGUCACAGGGAUGGGUAGGAGAAAUUCAAUGAAACCCUCCCUUUACAGACCUGUAUGGACUUGCUCUUAUCAAGACGUCUCUGGAGGUUUAUGCCUGAUUUCACUGCUUUCGGUUAUCAAAUCACAGUGUGACAAACUGUAUUCAUCUUUCUUUAACUUUCUUGCAGCUUGUAAUGUUUAUAUAAUGUACCCCAACUGUAAUAAGUAAAACGUCAAGGGAGAGCAAUGUUUGACACAGGGUGUGGGGGGAGAGCAUAGCUUAUUACACCGAUACAUUGCUAGAUGAUCCUAAAAAUUGAAUGUAAAAUAGCACUGGCCCUCGGAGCUUGUGAACUAAACUGUAUUCGAAAAAGAAACAGGUUAUCUUUGAAUCCUCUUAUCCUGUCUCGGAAUACACAGGGAACCUGGCCAGUGAACAAAAAUCUCAUGUAAAUGGAAGUCAGGCUCCGGAGCAUCCCACACAAUGAAGGUGGGAGUAUGAAGGAUCCUGACGUGAUAUUGCCAAAUGUCAAAUAGCUGUCAAGUGCCAAAUUCCUUUUUUAUUAUUAACGCUGCCCCUCCCUUGCCCUUCGUUUGUACACUCCAGACUGGGUUGGUCUCUGUGCACAAAACAUUUGUUAUAUAAACAAGGAUUUCAAUCAAUGUUCCUCAUACAGUGUAAUGUUUAAUUUAUUUAUUUCCGUGUAAGGCAUUCAGCAAAGGCCUAUCAGAUGAUCAUUUGCCCUUCACUUUGGAUUAAUGCUGCAUAUAUAUAUAUGUAAUUAACCAAAUAACCAAAUAAUAACAGACAAUGGCACAGAAGCAUUUGGAUAAGACAGGGCUGGGCCCUUGAGAUGUGAAAUGUACUCCGUUAACACAGAGGAAAACUGUAGGCCUAAAAUGGCUGGCCAUGAUAUACAGGUUCAGACCUUAUUUCCCUCAGCAUGGUCUGGCAUUAAUUAUACAGCACUGGUGGCAAAAUGCAGCCUACCAGCUGCUGAAAAAACAACUCUACCCAUAAUGCUUUGCCAGCAAAGCUUGAUGGGCAAUGUAGUUCUACAAGAGCUGAGUGGGACUAUUUUUUUGGACAUCCAUGUUACAGACUCUGUUAUGGCAUGUGUAAGCAAAGACAUUGAAGGAAAUGGUCUGCUGAGAUAAGCUCAGUCUUUUUAACAAGAGUCCUGUCUCUAAACUGGAAGGACAGGUCUGAUGAAGAGCUAUGUCUUAUAGCAUUAAUCCUACCUACAGGGCAAACUUUGCAUAUUUAAUUCCCGUAUUAUGUAUGAGUAAAUAUUUAUAUAUAUAUAUAUAUUGCUGAAUUUCCUUUACAUUGUACUCUAAGAAUUAGUUUAAUAUAAAAUAAAGAUAAUCUGAGAA